AUGAGCUACUUCCGCGUCACCCUCGUACGCUCUGCGAUCGGUCUCCCCCGGAGAACAACAGACGUCCUCAAGGCCUUGGGCCUCAAGAAGCGCAUGGCGACUGUGUUCCACCCCGUGACUCCGUCAGUCGCCGGUCAGAUCAUGAAAGUUAAGGAGCUGGUCGAUGUCCGUGAGGUCGAUAGACGGUUAACGAAACAAGAAGUCCAUAUGGAGCGGAAGCCGGAUCCAGGAUACUACAUCGAACAGACAUCGGGUGCUGAGUGGAAGGCGAAGAGGAGUCAAUAG